ACUGGAUGACUUUGGUGGGAGGGCUUGAAGCGUAAGAGGAAGGAUCUUUGGAGAGAUACGGUUAAACACAGGAAUCCCCGUAACUUCAUGCUGGUACCCCUCUCCCAACAAGGGGACCCUCAGAGUUCGGAGCCGGGCGUCUAGUCCUCGUGGGUGGAAGGGAGAGUGUCGGCCGGUCUCUUGUUCCUCGGACAGCCUGCGUGCAUCCAAUGUGCGUAAAGGGGCUCUUUUUCUUCACCGUCCUGUCUGGACUCGCAGCGUCAGGCGUGCUGCGGGUCAGCGGGAUGCGUAUCUACACGUCCGGGGACGUGGAGGCCGUCAACGGGACGGACGUCCGCCUGAAGUGCACCUUCCAGAGCUCGUCGCCCAUCAACGCCAAUGCCAUCGUCAUCUCCUGGAGCUUCAGACCCCUCAAGCCGGGCAGAGAAGAGUCGGUGUUCCACUACCAGCAGCGGCCGUAUCCUCCGCCGGACGGAAUAUUCCGGAAGCGCGUGAAGUGGGCCGGCGACGUCAUGGGAUGCGACGCCUCCAUCAUCAUUGAGCAGGUCAAGUUCACCUACAACGGCACGUACAUCUGCCAGGUGAAGAAUCCGCCGGAUGUCCACGGCACGGUGGGAGAGAUUCGACUGCGCGUCGUCACCACAGCGUCCUUCUCCGAACUUCUCCUCCUGGCGGUGGCCGUCGGGGGCGGUAUCGCCGCCGUGGUCCUCCUCCUCGUCGUCAUCUUGUCCUGCAGGCGGUGCAAGAUGAGGGCACGCGGGCAGCGCGAGGGGAGCGAGGAGGCCCCCCGCAAAGAGAGGAAAGACCCCACCGCGUGCCACCCGUCGAGGUCCGUCCACCUGUACCUGUCGGAGCCGUCCAUGGAGAUCGACAGUUCGGACGGCAUGAUCUCGGACGCCAGCACCAAAAGCGAGAGCUCCUCGGAGGAAGAGGGCCGGAGCACUGACGAAGAGGACGACGACUCCGACUGAGGACGUAGGGACAGGCAGGGAGACGGAGGGGCCGACGGGGGGGUUGGGGGUGCCCGCAUGGCACCUCGGGCCGCCCCGGUCCACGAGCAGACCGGAGGAAGAGGGCGCUGUUUCCUCAAGCACAGUGUUCAAGAACGAAAGUCGUGCGAUGGAGGUCAAGCCAUCGAAGGCCGAGUGCGUCUUCUUUGGGGGGAAUCCGCGUGCGUCCACACGGCGGGAGAGGUUUGACCUGCGUGGCGCCGGAGAGAAGAAGGACGUGAUGGUCCAUGAAGCUGGCUACAGUGAGCUCAAAGGGAAAAUGGCGAGUUCAAUGGUCAACGACUAUCCGUCGUCCCAAACGCGGAUCUUGUUAAGUGUUGUGCGUCUGCAAAAUUCAAAUGAAUGUGGCCGGAACGAAGAAAGCGGUUUUCCGCCACCAUCGGUGACAUGAAGCCAAUUGUAAAUUGGCUUAUUUGAUGAAAUCGCACUUUCAUGUUUCUUGCUCUUCUGAGUUUGUAUCUGUGGUCGAAUGCACUUCUUUUAAGUCGCUGUGGAUAAAAGCGUCAGCUAAAUAACAUGUAAUGUAAUGUAAUAAUAAAGAACCAAACAUUUCUGAGGGUGCUUAACUCAAACCCUUUCCUUGGUUGGCUUCAUAGGAAACAAUCUGCAGGAUUGACAUUUGCUUUAUCAAUUCAAAGGCAUUGCAGACGGUGCAUUUAUGCACAACCAUACGCGCCAGUCGAAGAGGAGAACCUUUACUUCCGCCUGUAGGCUUACGGGUUCAUGUCAAAAAAAAGUAAAUACGUGAUCUUCUAGCCAGCAAACGUAUGCACGAACAUUCAGAUCUGAAAACCCUUUGAUUGCAAAAUGUCCCCGAGAGGCUUUUAUCUCUGUCUGUGAAUGCAUUGCGUCGACUAACAAGUGAUUGUAACGCCGGCCUUCCUUCCUUUUGUCCUUGUGACGGAAUACUGAGCAAUGUGUGUAUAGAUUCUCUUUUUCCCCCCGUUUUUCUGUCAUAGGAUAAUACCAGAAGUAUUUUAUCACGUUGUGUAAAAAUGCCACUGUGUGUGUUUGUUGUAGAGCUUUUUAUCCAUGAAAGACUUCUGAAUAAAAAUGCCUUUUAAUAUUUA